AUGCUCCAUCAUAUCUUGCAUGCGUAUCAACUCAGACGCGGCAGCACUGAUACGUCGACAGCCCAUCAUGCAUCCAACGCGCGGUCGUUCAGCAUGCUUGAUGGUCGCGUAUACGUCCUGCACUGUGCGCACUCGCACACGGAUUUCCGUUUGCCCGAGAUCGAGGCCAGUGCCGCAUACCUGGGGAUGGACUACGAGCUUCUCCGCACACCCUCUCGCCGUGAUCCCGUGGGCGUGACGGAUGACGUAUCGCGGCCCUUCCACUUGUGCAAAUUGCCGUCUGAUGAAGCCGCAAAGGCCCUUCUUCACAGAUGUUCUUGCAUUCGCGCCAUAUGGGAGCUGUGGGCUUGUGCUGAUACAUAUGGCGAACUGCAUUUGCGUAAUCAAGAGGCCCGUAUGUACGUCCCCUGGCAGUCUAGCGAGUAUUCAUGGAAAGCGCUCAUGCAGGGCUUCCAUGCCGCGUUGCCUGAAAAACGGCGCCUUUCGCUGAUCGAGUCGUUUGCCUACAUGGGAUUAGAGGGUCCCGUUCGCAUGCGCGGUGCCGACUUGACGUGGGGCGUGCUGGAAGAAUACAGGCGGCCGAGCGACGACGUGCCCGCUGAAGGUCCAGAGGCUGAAGCGCAGGAUGCACCUGCUGAGCUGGGCGACUCUGAUCCACGGCUCCUACAGCUUUUUCUCGGGCGAAAAAUCAAGGAUAGGUCAGGCGCGAUGCCUGCGCGCGAUCUGAUUGAUGUGCUAAAUCUAAAAAAGAGGCGGUACAUUGGCAACACGAGCAUGGAGAGUGAAAUGAGUGUGAUCAUGGCCAAUAUGGCUCUUGCUGGCCCUGGCAAGUUUGUAUACGAUCCCUUCGCCGGAACAGGCUCUAUGUUGUACGCAUGCUCGAUCUUCGGUGCCUUUUCUUUUGGCAGUGAUAUUGAUGGCCGCAUGCUUCGUGGCAAGAAUCCAUCUCAGAAGGAUUCGGGUAUCGUACAAAGUGCUAAACAGUAUGGCAUUCAGGGCCGCCUAAUCGAUACGGCUGUCUUCGACAUGACCCGUGCGCCGUGGCGCACACCAUUCCGCGGUGAUGUGGGCAUUUUCGAUGCCAUCGUGACGGAUCCCCCGUAUGGUGUUCGUGCUGGCGCGAAAAGGCUUGGAAAACGCAAUAUCGAGCUACAGCGAGACGAACCUUUUAUCAUGCCAGAUGGAACACCUUCUCAUAUACUUCCCGACUAUGUGCCGCCCACGAAACCGUACCAUCUAUCUGAACUUAUCACUGAUCUCUUGGCCUACGCAAGUGCUUUGCUUUUACCCGGCGGUCGCCUCGUUUUUUGGCUGCCCACGAUGAAUGAGGACCAUGCCGAAACGGCUAUUCCACAGCAUGAUCACUUUGACCUUGUGGCUCACAGCGUUCAGAACUUUGGCAGAUGGAGUCGUCGUCUCAUUACAAUGCAAAAGCGCAGCGGCUCCUCGGCUCACAUACCCAUCGCCCAUGCUGACGUCGCUGCUCCUGGCCGGAUUCGUGCGAAUGACAAGCCAGACGAGUUCCGGAACAAGCUUUUUGCCCCCACUCAUCCAUAG